UUCGCAGCCUGGCACGUCAACGUGUGGGACUUCUGUGUCGCGUCGUUGACCUAUCUGGCCUUUUCUUCACGUGUAUUUUCUGGGUGUCCAUCAGCCCUGAGGUGAAGGGAGUGUUCUUCCAGGGGUGCUAUUGUGUCGUGGCUCUCGUGUCUUCCGACUUCCAGGCGUACCCCAUCUUUAACACCUUCGGUUCCAAAGCGGGCAUCAUCCUGGACCCCACUUCCAUGAAGCUUAUGGCCUGGCUCGACAUCGAGGGGGGCUUCUCGUGCCGUGUCGGGGUCCUCUUCAAGGUUUGCGUAUUUGGUGUUCUUCGCAGAUGGCAUUUUGGUCUUCACAACAAGUGCGCUCAGUGCUUGGCCUUCGCCCUGCAGGUUCUUUUCGUGGAGUUCGGGUCCAUAGGCUUCCCGGUGUCUGUCGCCGCGCCUUUGCUG